AGAACAUCAAUCUGGCAGUCUACAGAAGAAAAGAGGAAAGCAUACGUGCGGUAAGAUGCUGGAGGUGAUGAAGUUGCCUAUAUCACCGCGUUGAUCUGGACACCUCGGUGGAUACGUCUACACGUCGAUUAGACACUGCUCGUCCGCUGCUCUGUCCUCGCUCUGUUGGACGUGCGGUGGACCACCUCGACCGAAGGCCGCACACGAUGGACGAUGCCUCUUGCAUCUUCGUCGACGUCCCUGCGAGGCCUCAUCAGCUGCGCUCUGAGCAAACACCGAUGAUGGUGAUACGACGGUACACGGGCAUGACCGUUGCGGAGGUGCGACACACUGCGCUGCUGCUAACGUUGUCCGGCUUCAUACUCUUUCUGUGGUGUUACGGAUAACGCCAAGAAGAAAACCACCCUUUCUGCGCGUACUCGAAAACGAAGAAGAGACAAUACGCGUAGAACGCAGCUCAAAAGAACAAAAACUCUUCUGGUCUUUUUCUCUCAACCCAUAGGUUGUCGGACAGGUACGAAUCUGCGUUUUGUUGUUGUUGUUGUUGCGAGGAGAUAUUCGCAUGUCGUAAAGCUGCCGAGGCCAUCUUCUGUGCAACGACCAAGAAUAAAACAGUAAUAAUCACUCAGAGCUCCUCUCGCUCACACUCAUCCUUCUUCUUCUCCUUUCCCCUUCCUGUUGGCAUCCACGACCAUUUGUUCUUUGAUUUCUCCUCAGUUGUCCACGGAACUCGCCUCUAUAUUUUUUUCCGAAUUCUCCUUUGCUUCCUUUCCGGCUUUUCUUCACCGCGGAGUGGAGCGGACUUGCACUUUGGUCUGCGAUCCUGGUACGAAUUACACGACUCUUUCCAUUUUUUUCGUUAUUCGAACUCGAAGAUGGCAGCGGAAGGCGGCGUUGGCGGCAGCGAUGAGAGCUUCAUCUCCUUCGCGUUCGCCGUGACUUCGGUCAUCCUGAUUGCACUUUACAUCCCUUGGAUGGUCGGCACGGGUCGUCGCGUGAUGCUCUACUACCAAUCUACCAAGAAGGAGCAGGCAUCCACGAGCAACCCCCUGAAUGAGAUGUACGACUCGGUCGCCUACAUUCCCCGAGUGCUGUACACCAUGUGGAAGGACCCCGCCGCUAUUGUAGCCGGUGCAAAGGUGUGCGUCGCGGAAAAGGUGUUCUUCCUGCGCUGCGUGAUGCCCAAGUUUUUGAAGUUCGUCAUCCGUCCCCGCAUCCUCGUACCCAUCCUGUGGUUUGUGCUGCUCACCUCCGCCAUGUACGCCUCCCUCACCUUCGACCCCUACGCGGUGCUGGGGCUGCCCUCCUCCGCCUCCACCGCCGAGGUGAAGAAAACCUACCGCGCCCUCUCCAAACGCUUCCACCCCGACCACAACAAGACGGAGGGCGCGCGCGAGCUGUACAUGCAGAUGCGCCGCGCCUACCGGGCCCUCGUGGACCGUCAGGCCUUUGAGGAGGAGGAACUGAAGAAUGUACAGGAGUUCUCCGUCGGUGUAGCCCUGCCACGAUUCUUGACCUCGCGCGAGCACGACAGCCUCGUCCUCUUCAGUCUGCUGGCCCUCCUCAUCGCCACUCCCAUCUUCGUUUGGUACAAGUUUACAAACGACAAGAAGGUGCCGCGGCUGCUGUGGCACGUGCGCUUCGACAAGGAGCGCGUCGAGCACUUCAUGCAGCACUUCGGCGUCCCGGUCGACGGCAAGUACGCCGCACGCCGCGCGUCUCGUCACGCCAUCCUGCGCACCCUGAUCGCACUCAACAUCGUGCCGCCGAAUGUGCGGGAGGACGUGGUGAGCGCCUUCCCGCCCCUCCCGGAUUUCGUGCAGCGCUGCGUCGAGGCGGAGCGGAACGCGACACUUUUCCGCAACCUGGGCCUCGACGAGAAGGCAGUGGCUGCCCUGCAGGCGUACAUGGCGGUGAACGGCGUGGCGCUGGUCGACGAGUACGAGGCGGCGAACCCGCACAUGAACGACGACCCGAAGGCGGACGACUUCCAGCGCAUCCCGCUUUCCGCGUAUCGCGCCACACGUUACCUCUUUCAGCAGCACACCGUACAAGUGGACGGCGCCUUGGCGGAGCUGCAGGUGGCCAUGGGCGGCAACCUGCCGAGUGCCAAGAAGCUACUCAACAUCCACGCCGAGAUUUACGAUCUGUUGGAUAUGGUGUACCUGCGAAACGACAAGGCGAACAAGCAGCUGGUGCUGAAGCUCAUCGCGAUGCCGCAACGUGUGUCGGACAUCGUAGACGCGAUUGAGCCGGAGAUGCAGCUGGUGUACCACCGCUACUACAAGAACUACGUGACCCAGAUCCAGCAGCAGCAGCGCGCCGCACGUGCUGGUCACGCCAAUCAGCGUUAA